GCGACCCAAAAGCAAAGAAAGCCAAGCCACCACCCCAGCCCUUUUCUCUCUCUAAAACCUUUUUUUCUCUCUCUAAAUCUCUCUUUCGCCUACAAAUAUGAGAAAGGCCUUCUCCUAUUGUCUCACAGCUUCUUCCUGUAUCCCAAGUUUGUUUUGAUUUGACAAAAUACCAAUACAAAGGCUUAGCCUUCAAAAAGAACAGAAAUUGACUCUUCCCUUUAUUAAAUAGCAUCAUUCUAAACAUCAAGAGCUUGUAUUUUUCAGACAAUUUUCUGCUUAUACAUACAGGGUUAAUCUUGUAUUGGAGCAUAGUUUCUCCAUGGGAGAGGCCCCAGCUUUCGUUGCUGAUGAUCUGCAGAAUGGAUAUCAGAGUAAUGGAUUUGGUUCAAAAUCUAAGGACUGUGAAACAACCAUUAGUAUCCGAGAUAAAACAUAUGUGAUUGGUGGUAAUGAUGAUGAAUCCCCAUUAUCUGUUGGAGUUCGAAUUUUUGAUAAAGCUACUGGGAAUUGGGAAAUUCCAACAGUGCUGGGAACAAAACCAAAGCCAUGUAAAAGUUACACGGCUGUAUCAUUGAAUGAUGAUCGAAUUUUGAUUAUUAAGAAGGGAUCAACACCAGAUGACUGUAUUUGGUUUCUUGAGAUGGACACUCAUUAUGUUAGGGAGCAGAAAAAAAAUCUGGGGAGAGAGGUUGUUGCCUGGAGUAAGGGUGUGAGUGGAAAUGCUGAGAAGCCAGUUGUCAUAAGCGGUCCAUCUGGAGUAGGUAAGGGAACAUUAAUAUCAAUGCUCAUGAAAGAAUUCCCCUCCAUGUUUGGAUUUUCUGUAAGCCACACAACUCGUGCUCCAAGGGCUAUGGAAAAGGAUGGAGUACACUAUCAUUUCAUUGAGAGAAGUGUUAUGGAGGAAGAGAUAAAAGAUGGGAAAUUUCUUGAGUUUGCUUCUGUUUUUGGAAACCUCUAUGGGACCAGUAUUGAAGCUGUUGAGGUGGUCGCAGAUUCAGGGAAGAGAUGCAUUCUUGACAUUGAUGUUCAAGGGGCAAGAUCUGUGAGAGCUAGCUCUCUGGAAGCAAUUUUUAUCUUUAUCUGUCCACCCUCAAUGGAAGAGCUCGAGAAGCGACUUCGUGCAAGGGGGACUGAGGCAGAAGAACAGGUUCUUAAGCGACUCCGAACUGCUAAGAUAGAGAUUGAAGAAGGACAAUCAUCAGGCAUCUUUGAUCAUAUUUUGCAUAAUGAUAAACUUGAGGAUUGUUAUGAGAAGCUCAAGAAACUUCUGGGACUUGAUGGAACUACAGUAGCUAUCCAGAAAUCAUCAUCGCAAGGGAUUAAUCUGCCUGCCGAACAUUCAGUAUCAAAAAUUGAUAAUAAAAUCAUCGUAACACCGGAACUAGAGAGAGCAUCAAAGAGCUUGAUUGUCUUGGAUGUAUCCUCACUCAAGGGAGGGGCACCUGGAAGGACAAGAGGACUUGACGUAUAUGCCAUUGACUCAUUUUCAGAUGGAUUGAAUGAAAUCAAUCACUUGAGCUAACGAUUGGAGCACAUAUUGAUUACUAACUUGGUUCGUCAAGUUAUUAAUUUUAUUCAAUAUUUUCUUAUAUAACAAAGAAAGGGAAUGAAAUGGUGACAAUGCUCCUCUAGAUGUGAAUUUGCCAAAUAAUCACAUUUCUUGGUUCUUGUCAUUUCCUUUUUUUAGAAACUCAUUCUUUGCUUUGUCUUACAAAGGAGAUGACUUGGAUUAGCCAUUUGAACAAUUGCUAUUUUCCUUAAUGGGCAAUGAGAGAUUCAUUUAUGAUUCAUGCGGCAAAUGGAAGUAUAUCAGGAUCAACCUAAUGUACUACCAAGAUUAUUUGUAUUGGUUACAAACUCGUUUAGUAUAAGAUUUAGCUUUUUAUUGGUCUGUUGAAAUGCUUCAAGACAACAUUUUCUGUGUUUUUAUGGCCAUCUUUUGUACUUCUAGUCAAUUUUUGCUUAUAAAAGAACUGAAAUUUUUAA